AUGGCGAACGCGGAGAAAGAGCUCGAGGAGCGGCUUCGGGAGGUCGGGGGGAGGCUCGGGUCGCCGCCCGGUGAUGUUGAUGAGCUCCUUGCGCUUCUCGAUGAAAUCGAAACCCUUUUAUCAAGAGUGGAACAAUCACCUUCCCAGUCGAUGUCAAAUGCAAUUCGUCCUGCAAUGAAAGCCCUAGUUGCGAACGCCAUUCUGAGACAUGAUAAUAUGGAUGUAAGAGUUGCUGUAGCUUCAUGUAUAAGUGAAAUAACCAGAAUUACAGCACCUGAUGCUCCAUAUGAUGAUGAUGUAAUGAAGGAGGUAUUUCAAAGAAUUGUGGAAUCCUUUGAUAAGUUGGAUGACAUGUCUAGUCGUUCAUAUCCGAGAAGAGUUUCCAUUCUUGAAACUGUCGCGAAGGUCCGAUCUUGUGUUGUGAUGUUGGAUCUUGAAUGUGAUGACCUUAUUCUAGACAUGUUCCGCAAUUUUCUGAAGACAAUAAGUUCAAACCAUCCAGAAAGUAUUUUCUCUUCUAUGGAGACAAUAAUGACGCUUGUGAUAGAGGAAAGCGAAGAUAUUUCCAAAGAACUUGUCUCAUGCCUUCUAGAUAGUGUGAGGAAGGGCGGCAAGGAAGUUUUGCCAAUUUCGUUCAGACUUGGAGAGAAAGUAAUUGGUAACUGUGUUGAGAAACUAAAACCAGCCUUUGUGGAAUUCGUUAAGCCAUCUGAUGUUCCUUUAAAUGAGUAUAGUAAGAUAGUUAGCUCUCUGUGCGAUGAGAAUGCCGACACUGCAGGGCAGAAUGAUGUUUCUGGGGCAGAUGAUAGCAAACAGUCUGAGAGGACUGUUUCCGAUGAGCUUCCUCAGGAAUCUACAAAGGUGGAGGAAAAAGCAGGUGAUCCUGAAGAAGAUGGUGCUACUUCAAAUAAGUUAUCGAGAUCUGCGGUGAGCAAUGGUACAGUUGCAGUAGGUAAUGGCGAAUCCCUGCAAGAACCAGCUCAUCCUAAAGAGAAAUCUGGGAAAUCUCGUCGCAGUGGGCAAUCAAAGAGUACUUUACCCAACAAUGAAGCGGAGACAAAAGACCAUUCUAUGGCCGAUGGUGACAAUGAAACACCAGUAGUACUUGGCAGGAGGAAAGGUCGUGGAAAACAAGGUGAUGAUGCUCAACCUGAUGGUACAUCUGGUAAUAAAAUUGAAUCAUCUGUUCCAGUGGGUUUCAAAAAAACAGUUGACCUUCAGACCGUUCUGAAGCCUCAUAAUGUAACUUCUGAUUCAGCUUCAAGAAAGGGUCGACCUCUUAGAUCAAUAGGAUCUUCCGAAAGAGUUGGGGAGAGUUCUGAAGCUGACAAUACAGCUUCAUCUGGAAGGAGGAGAGCCAGGGCAAAAGGGCAAGUACAGGAUGAGAAAUUACCGUCCAAACAUACAAAUAUUAGUAAGGAUUUGGAGGCUGUUAAUGAUUCAGAAGGAAAGCCUUCAAGGCGCUCAUCUAAAAAGGAACAGCUGGAUGAUAAAACACAUGGCAUUGUGAUAACUGAUGUGGAGCCGAAAGUACAGAGGCAGAAAGAAAAAGAAGGGUCGGCAAAAAAGAUUGCUGACGGAGAAUCAUCACAAAAACGGCGAAAAAUCAACUUUAAGAACCGGAAUGAAAAGAUCAACUCUGAAGAAGAUGCAUCUGAAGAUGUCAGUUUAAAGGAAAUGAUUUCGCGUGAGAUUGCUAUGAAGGCAUUUGGGAAAGAAAAAGGCAUCUUGGGAGAGAGUGGUGGAUCUAAGAAAAAGCGUGGCCAUGGGAGUGAAGAGGCUUCAGCAUCAAGGCAGAAGAAAGACCUUAACGAGCGCCUUGUUGGUUCAAGGAUUAAAGUAUGGUGGCCAGAAGAUCAAACGUUUUACGAUGGUUCGGUUGAGUCAUUCGAUCCUUCGUCAAAAAUGCAUAAGAUUAUUUAUGAUGAUGGAGAUGUGGAGAUAUUGCGUCUUAAGAAAGAGCGAUGGGAACUUAUUGAAGGUGGCUCGAAAACUGUUAUGCAGGGACAAGUGAAGGAUGUUUUGGGUCCUGAUGUUUCAGAAGUGCUGGAGAUUAAAAAACCCAAGGGAAGUGGAGGUCGUCCUCCAAAACAAUCAAAGGAGGAAACACCGUCAAAAAGUGGCAAGGAGUCGAGUGGUGGUCAAGAGGGGGAUCAUCCAAAGGGUAAAGGCCGAUCAAAAGGCGGAUCAAAAACUGUUGCGCCAUCUAAUGAUAAUGAUGGCUCUAAAAGCUCAAGCAAAUCGAUAGAGAAAGCUUCAAUAAAGAAUAAAGAAGAGAAGACGCCUAAAGGUAGAACUAGGAAUAAAAAGGAAGGUAGUGGUGAGGUUGAUGCAAAGUCUAUUGAUGCUCUUUCUGGUGUGGAUGAAACCUCAAAGCCUGAUAGGAUAUCGAUGAGUCGCUCCAGAAACGUCACUGCCACAUCAGAGGAUGACACUACUGCUGGCAAGAAGCGUAAAAGGCGCAUUGCCACACCUAAAUCUGGUAAUGAAGCAAAGGUGACUGUUGGUUCGUCCGAGAAGGCUAAGGUGAAGGUUCAGAAUAGCAAAGGUUCUGGGAAGAAGGUGGCCUCGUCUGAGAGGGCUAAGUCGAAGGUUCAGGAAAGCAAGGAUUCUGGGAAGAGGCAGGAGUCAUCCGAGAAGGCUAAGUCAAAAGUUCAGGACACUGAGGGUUCUAGGAAGAAGCUGGAGUCAUCAGAUAAGGCUAAGUCGAAGAAGCUGGAGUCAUCAGAUAAGGCUAAGUCGAAGAAGCUGGAGUCAUCCGAGAAGGCUAAGUCGAAGGUUCAGGAAAGCAAGGUUUCUGGGAAGAAGCUGGACUCAUCCGAGAAGGCUAAGCCGAAGGUUCAGGAAAGCGAGGGUUCUGGGGGGAAGCUAGAGUCAUCUGAGAAGGCCAAGCCGAAGAUUCAGGAGAGCGAGGGUUCUGGGAAGAAGCUGGAGUCAUUCGAGAAGGCUACCUCGAAUGUUCAGGAGAGUGAGGUUUCUGGGAACAAGGUGGAUUCAUCUGAGAAGGAUAAGUCGAAUGUUCUGGAAAGCGAAGUUUCUGGGAAGCUGGAGUCAUCCGAGAAGGCUAAGUUGAAGGUUCAGGAGAGCGAGGGUUCUGAGAAGGAGGACUCAUCUGAGAAGGCGAAGUCAAAGGUUCAGGAAAAUGAGGGUUCUGGUAAGGAGUCUUCCGAGAAGGCUAAGUUGAAAGUUCAGGAAAGCAAGGGUUCUGGGAAGAAGCUGGAUUUGGGAUCUGCUGCUGCUAAAGCACAAGGAAGUGAGACUUCUGCGGGAAAGAAGCGCAGGAGGACAGGUGCAAUUUAAUUGGUGAGGUAACAUUAUAGUUUUUCCUAGUUGCAUCUUCUGAGGUAAAUAGGUCAUCCAUUUUCGACUUUACCUUUUUUGCGUUGUAUCUCACCAAUUGCCCGUGGCAUUGACCGUGGCUGGUGAUGUGGUCAAAUAGCUGAUAGAUGUAGGGAUGUUGUGGUUGUUGUCUAGCAUUUACUUUGUUGGCAGUUAGUGUUGGGUACAUAUCCUGCAAAAAAUAUCAAUAGCUGACUCUUAUGCUUAUUACCCUUUUAAGUUAAAAGAAGCCAGUUUAGAUGGCUAUGUAGGAGAAAGAAAAAUCCAUCCCAAUGGGCCAUUUUGACUUAGAAUUUUCGAAGUUGUAGGAGAAAGAAGUCUCUUUGUCUCUCUUUUGAUCUCUCAAUCUUGAGGUGGUGUCCAUUUACAUAGUGUCUUGUUUGUUGUUUGGUUUAUUUUGUUGUGGUGAUCUAGUCAGAAAGCACCCUCUUAUCUUUUCUAAUUAUGCAGUGUUCUAUUCUUUCAA